GUACGCAGCGCGGGGUUAGGGUUUGGCUAUGUAAUUAUGACCUCCAUCAAAUCACCCGCAGCACCCACAGCAGUAACAAAUGUCCACCAUUCAAUACUUCAACGGGGGACUUGCUUUUCUGAAUUUCCCUACUACUACGUAUGUAGAACAAGAAAUCCUCCCGUUCACGUCUGGUACAUACCCAGCGCUAGUAUCACGUGCAAUGCUUUGUCACGUGCCAUUUGCUUACUCAUUGCUCAGUGAUCUUUACGAGUCCCAUCACCGGCGAGUUUACAAAUAAGUAGCGAAGCUGUUUUCGUUAUUACGCUGUCGUUCGGCCCUCAGGGCAUUCGCAUUCUCUUCUUCCAUCCUAUUCAACACCGAAACACGCUCAAAAUCAUUCAUGGAACCAAUCACAAACGGGACUGUGCCUAGGAGCACCAAGAUGCAUUCCAAAGUUGUGAUCAUCGGUUCAGGUCCAGCUGGUCACACCGCUGCCUUAUACCUCGCAAGGGCUAACCUGAACCCCGUCCUCUUCGAGGGUUUCAUGGCAAAUGGGUUCGCUCCUGGCGGUCAGCUCACCACGACGACGGAAAUCGAGAACUACCCCGGCUUCCCCAACGGAAUCAUGGGUCCAGAACUCAUGGAUAAAUUCCGUGAACAGUCAAUCCGGUUUGGGACACAGGUCAUCACAGAGACGAUAUCCAAGAUCGAUUUGUCCGCGCGACCUUUCCGCUAUUGGCGCGAAGGACAAGAAUCUGAACAACCGGAGACCGCCGACACCGUCAUCAUUGCUACAGGUGCAAGUGCUAAGCGCCUCCACCUCAAGGGUGAAGAAACCUACUGGCAAAGUGGUAUCUCUGCUUGCGCCGUGUGCGAUGGUGCCGUUCCGAUCUUCAGGAACAAGCCACUCGCAGUCAUUGGUGGUGGCGACUCUGCGGUCGAAGAAGCAACGUAUCUCACAAAGUAUGGCUCGCACGUCUACGUACUCGUUCGUCGAGGCGAACUACGUGCUUCGAAGAUCAUGGCUAAGCGCUUGAUGAGCAACCCCAAGAUAACGAUCCUCUGGAAUACUGUCGCACUCGAAUGCCAAGGCGACGGUGAUCUCCUUAACAAUCUUCACAUCAAGAAUGUCCUUAGCGGUGAUGAGAGGGAUCUUCCGGUCAAUGGACUCUUCUAUGCCAUCGGUCACGAACCUGCCACAGCACUCGUACGGAACCAGCUGCAGACGGAUGAGGACGGCUACAUCGUCACUGUCCCUGGUAGUACGCAGACGAGUGUCAAAGGUGUAUUCGCAGCCGGCGAUGUACAGGAUAAGCGGUACAGACAAGCCAUUACUAGUGCUGGAAGCGGGUGUAUGGCUGCGUUGGAGGUUGAACGACUGUUGGCUGAAGAAGAGGCAGACUCUCGAGAGGACGCGUCUGCGUAGGGGUACUCAGAAGUAUACCACCGUAUAUCUAACAGGGCGUGUAGAUGAUAGACUGUAUUGCUU